AUGUUCCACUGUUCAACCUUCAGAAGUUCCACUGUUUUACCAUCACAUGUUCCACUGUUCCACCAUGAGUGUUUCACUGUUCCACUAUCAUAUGUUGUACUGUUCCACCAUCUCUGUUCCACUGUUCUACAAUCAGAUGUUCCACUGUCCCACCAUGAGAUGUUCUACCGUUGCACCAUGAUUGUUCCACUGUUCCACUAUUAGAUGUUGUACUGUUCCACCCUCAGGUGUUCCACUGUUUCAUCAUCAGAUGAUCCAGUGUUUCCCCAUCAGAUGUUCCACUGUUCCACCAUCAAAUAUUCCACUUUUCAAGCAUGAGAUCUUCUACCUUCUGAUCAUUUCUGUUCUCCUGUUUAACUUUCAUACGUUCUUCUGUUCCACCAUCAGAUGUUCCACUGUUUAACCGUCAAAUAUUUCACUCUUUCAGCAUGAGCAGUUCUGUCUUUUGAUCAUUUCUCUUUCACUGUUCCACCAUCAGAUGUUCUUUUGUUCCGCCAUGAUUGUUCCACUGUUCAAAAUAUUAGAUGUUCUACUUUUCCACAUCAUAUGUUCUACUGUUCCACCAUCGGAUGGUGUUCUGUUCCAUCAUAAUGUUCUAAUUUUCAACCACCUCCGUUCCACUGUUCAGCCAUGAUUGUUCCACUGUUACACCAUCAGAUGUUGUACUGUUCCACAAUCAGAUGUUAGACUGUUCAACCAUGGUCGGUCCACUCUUCCACCAUCAGAUUUUCUUUUCUUCCACCAUGAUUGUUCCACUGUUCCACCAUUAAAUGUUAUUCUGUUCGACAAUGAGAUGUUUUACUGUUCCACCAUCACAUGUUCCACUUGUUUACUAUUAGUUGUUCCACAGUUCCACCAUGAUUGUUCCUGUUUUCCACCAUUGGAUGUUGUACUGUUCAAACAUCUCUUUUCCACUCUUUCACCAUCAGGUAUUUCACUGUUCCACCAUGAGAUGUCCUACUGUUCCACCACUAUUGUUCCACUGUUCCUCCAUCUCUUUUCCACUGAUUCACCAUCAGAUCGUUUACUGUUCCACCAUCAGAUGUUCCACUGUUCCACCAUUAGAUGUUUCACUGUUGCACCAUCAGGUGUUGUACCAUUCCGCCAUGAUUGUUUCACUGUUCCGCCAUCAUAUUUUCUACUUUUCCACAAUCUCUGUUUCACUGUUCCACCAUCAGAUGUUUCACUGUUCCACCAUCAGAUGUUCUACUGUUCAGCCAUCAGAUGUUCAACUGUUUUACCAUUAGAUGUUCCACUGUACCACCAUUAUUGCCCCACGUUUCCACCAUCACAUGUUCUACAGUUCUAUCAUAACAUUUUCUACUGUUCCACUGUUCCACCAUCAAAGGUUCUACGUUAUACCAUGAUUGUUCCACUGUUUCACUAUCAGAUGUUCUACUCUUCUACCAUAAUUGUUCCACUGUUCAAUCAUCACAGAUUCUACUUUUCCACUCUUCCAACAUUAAAUUUUCUACUAUUCCACAAUCAGAUGUUCCACUAUUUCACCAUCAGAUGUUCCACUGAUCCUGGAACAGUGGAACAGAGAUGGUGGAACAGUACAACAUCUGAUAGUGGAACAAUCAUCGUGCAACAGUGGAACAUUUGAUGGUGGAACAUCUUAUGUUGGAACAGUAGAACAUCUGGUGGUGAAAAGUGGAACAAUCGUGGUGAAACGGUGGAACAUCUAUUGGUAAAACUGGGGAACGUCCGAUGGUGGAAGAGUACAACAUCUGAUGGUGGAACAGUAAACCAAAUAUAGUGGAACAGUAAAACAUCUCAUAGUGGAACGGUGGAACAUCUGAUGGUGGAACAUUGCAACAGAGAAGGUGGAACAGUAGAACAUCUGAUGGUGAAACAGCGAGACAAUCAUGGUGGAACAACAGAACACCUGAUGGUAUCAUCAGGUGUUCCACUUCUCCACGAUUAGAUGUUUCACUGUUUUACCAUUAAUGCUUUCACUGUUCCACUAUGAUUGUUACACUGCUCCACCAUCAGAGGUUCCACCGUUCUACCAUGACUGCUCCACUGCUCCACCAUCAGAUGUUCUACUGUUCAACCAUUUCUGUUCCACUGUUCCACCACGAACUGUUCCACUGAAGCACCAUCCAUUGUUCUACUCCUCCACCACUAUUGUUCCACUCUUCAACCAUCAGAGAUUCUACUGUUCCACUGUUCCACCAUUAGAUGUUCUACAGUUCAACAAUCAGAUGUUCCACUGUUCCACCAUCUCUGUUCCACUUUGUCAUCAUUAGAUGUUCCACUCUUCUACCAUGAGCUUUUCUACCAUUUGAUCAUUUCUCUUUCACGAUUCCAUCAUCAGAUGUUCUACUGUUUUACCAAUAGAUGUUCCACUAUUUCACCAUGAUUGUUCCACUUUUCCACCUUCAGAUGUUCUACUGUUCCAAUAUAAGAUGUUCUACUUUUUUAACGUCUCUGUUCCACCUUUCCACCAUCAAAUGUUAUACUGUUCCACCAUGAGAUGUUCUACUGUUCCACCAUGAUUGUUCCUCUCUUCCACCAUCAAAUGUUGCACUGUUCCACCAUAUCUGUUCCAAUGUUCCACCACAGGUGCUCUACUGUCCCACCAUCAGAUGUUGCAUUGUUUUACUAUAGAUAUUCCACUGUACCACCAUGAUUGUUACACUUUUCCUCCAUCAGAUUUUCUACUGUUCCAUCAAAAGACGUUCUACUGUUCCACCAUCUCUGUUCUACUAUUCUACAAUCAGAUGUUCCACUCUUCCACCAUGAGAUGUUCUACUGUUUUUUUUUUCAUUUGCUAUUCCAAAUUACAACAAUUACAAUUAUUAUCACAAAGCAUACACGCACAAACUUACUACACACCUAAGCACACGUGCAAUUCCACAAUUACCACAUAAGGUAAUGCCUACUGUUAUUUUACAAGUGUUAUUCAAAAAAGAAGAAACCAAUCAUUGUUUUUCAAAAGAAGAAAACCUACCUAGAUUACAAAGUCCAUUUGUCCAUUAAUUUUUGUAAAUUCUUAUUCUUAGUACAAAUAUAUUUUUCUAUUUCAUAUUUACCAUUUAUUCUAACUAUAAAACUGUUUAUGGUUGGGAGUAGUUCAUUCCUUCCGCAACUCCAUAAAUAUAUUUUCCCUAUAAGUAUAAGAUAAUUAAGCAAGUUAUGUGAACUAGUUGUUUUCGCAACCCAAAAUAAUAUGAUUCAAUACAUUUCCAGAAUGAAUUCGAAUAAGGGCAGUCCCAAAAGAAAUGUCUAAUAGUUUCUGAUUCCCUUUUGCAAAAAGAGCACAAGUUGUCUGUCCUGUACCCAAUCUUGAACAACUUUGAGUUGGUAAAAAGUAUAGAAUUAAGUAUUUUAAAUUGAAAGGCUUUGACAUAAGUUUCAAACGCGAUAGAAUUGUACUGUUGCACCAUGAUUGUUCCACUGUUCCACCAUUAGAUGUUGUACUGUUUCACCCUCAGGUGUUCCACUGUCUCACCAUCAGAUGAUCCAGUGUUUCCCCAUCAAAUAUUCCACUUUUCCAGUAUGAGAUUUUCUACCUUUUGAUCAUUUCUGUUCUACAUCAGAUGUUUUUUUGUUCCACCAUGAUUGUUUCACUGUUACAAAAUUAGAUGUUCUACUUUUCCACAUCAUAUGUUCUACUGUUCCACCAUCACAUGGUGUACUGUUCCAUCAUGAUGUUCUAAUGUUCCAACACCUCUGCUCCGCUGUUCAACCAUGACAUGUUCUACUGUUCCACCUUGAUUGUUUCACUGUUCCACCAUCAGAUGUUGUACUGUUCCACCAUCAGAUUUUAGACUGUUCAACCAUGGUUGGUCCACCAUGAUUGUUCCACUGUUCCACCACUGAUGUUAUUCUGUUCGACAAUGAGAUGUUCUACUGUUCCACCAUCAGAUGUUCCACUUGUUUACUAUUAGUUGUUCCACAGUUCCACCAUGAUUGUUUCACUGCUCCACCAUCAGAUUUUCUACUUUUCCACCAUGAGAUGUUGUACUGUUCCACUAUGAUUGUUUCACUAUUCCACCAUCAUAUGUUCUACUAUUCAGCAAUCAAAUGUUUAACUGUUUUACCAUCAGACAGUUCACUGUUCCACCAUGAGAUGUUUUACUCUUCCACCAUGAUUGUUCCACUGUUCCACAAUCAGAUGUUGUACUGUUUCACCAUAUCUGUUUCACGGUUCCACCAUUAGAUGCUCCAUUGUUUUACCAUUUGAUGUUCCACUGUACCACCAUGAUUGGUCCACUUUUGCACCAUCGGAUAUUGUACUGUUCCACUAUGACAUGUUCUACUCUUUCACCAUCUCUGUUCCACUGUUCCACCAUGAUUGUUCCAGUGUUCCACCAUCAAGGGUUCUACUGUUUCACUGUUCCACCAUUAGGUGGAAAAUCAGAUGCUAAACUGUUCCACCAUCAGACGUUCCACUGUUUUACCAUUAGAUGUUCCAUUGUACCACCAUGAGAUGUUCUUCUGUUCCACCAUGAUUGUUCCACUAUUCCACUAUUAGAUCUUGUACUGUUCGACCAUCAGGUGUUCCACUGUUCCACCAACAAAUGAUCCACUGUUUCCCCAUCAGAUAUUUCACUGGUCCACCAUCAAAUAUUCCACUCUUCCAGCAUGGGAUGUUCUACCCUUUUAUCAUUUCUGUUCUACUGUUUAACUUUCGUAUGUUCUACUGUUCCACCCUCAGAUGUUACACUGUUCCACCAUCAAGUAUUCCACUCUUCCAGCAUGAGAUGUUCUUCCUUUUGAUCAUUUCUGUUUCCCUGUUCCACCAUGAGGUGUUCUACUGUUCCACCAUGGUUGUUUUACUGUUCUACCAUCAGAUGUUGUAGUCUUCCACAAUCAGAUGUUUCACUGUUCAACCAUGGUUGUUCCACUCUUCCACCAUCAGAUGUUCUUUUUUUCAACCAUGCUUGCUCCACUGUUCCACCAUUAGAUGUUCUUCUGUUCGACAAUGAGAUGUUCUACUGUUCCACUAUCGGAUGUUGCACUUGUUUACUAUUAGUUGUUUCACCAUGAUUGUUCCACUUUUCUACCAUCAGAUGUUGUACUGUUCCACCGUAAGAUGUUUUACUGAUCCAACAUCUCUGUUCCACUCUUCUACCAUCAUAUGUUCCACUGUUACACCAUGAGAUUUCCUACUGUUCCAACAUGAUUGUUCCACUGUUCCUCCUUCUCUUUUCCACUGUUUCACCAUCAAAUGGUCUACUGUUCCACCAUCAGUUGUUUAACUGUUUCACCAUCAGAUGUUUCACUGUUUCACCAUGAGGUGUUGUCCUGUUCCACCAUGAUUGUUUCACUGUUCCACCAUCAGAUUUUCUACUGUUCCACCAUCUCUUUUCCACUAUUCCACCGUCAGAUGUUCUAUUAUUUUAGCAUUAGAUGUUCCACUGUUUCACCAUGAUUGUUCCACUUUCCCACUGUCAGAUGUUGUACUGUUUCACCAUCUCUGUUCCACUUUCGACCAUCAAAUGUUCCACUGUUCCACCAUCAGAAGUUCUACUUUUCCACCAUGAUUGUUCCACUGUUCCACCAUCAG